AUGUCGGACGACGCGACCGAUUUAGAUCUUGUAGAAGACAAAUUAAAGUGUGGCGAGAAGUUUAGUUUCGGUGUUGGAGACUUUGCGGCUAACAUUUUACAGUCAGCAAUUUCUUUUUAUUUCAUAUAUUUCCUUAUCAAUGUAUCAGGCGUAACCCCAUACUUUGCAUCAGUUAUUAACAUCGCAGGACGUGCAUGGGAUGCAAUAGCAUCAUAUGCAAUGGGUGGAAUUAGCGAUAGAUGCAACCACUCACUAGGAAAACGCAGAGUUUUCAUUAUUUUUGGGGCUCUUACAUUUGGUGCAUCCUUUGUGCUUCUCUGGAUCACACCAGGCCAGGAGAAAAGCCAAGGUAUUAAAGCUGUAUAUUACAUCUUCAUGUAUAUCAUAUAUGACACUUGCUGGGCGAUUGUUUAUACCCCAUACAACACAUUAUCAGCGAACAUGACAAAGAACUACGACGAAAGAACAUCCUUAAAUGGAUGGAGAAUCACUAUGGCGAAUAUCGGAAUCAUUUUCGGUGCGGCACUUUUUGCUCUUCUGGCAGAUGGAACGGAAAGCUUAUUGUAUAAGCCUAUGAAGUCGGUUUCCAAGGCUUACACGAUUGCGGGAGUAUUAUUUGCCAUACUUUCUGCAAUUUGCGUGCUUUGUUCUGGCUUAUUCGUGAAAGAAAGAUGCGAUAAUACAGAACAAACAAAUAAGUCCAUUUUCCAGACAAUUAAAGAACUGUUCUCCAUCAAGGAGUUCAGGAAUUGCACACUUACUUACGUAUCUUCAAUGGUUGGCUUCGAUGUCAUCAUGAUGACUUUUAUGUUCUUCGUCAACGACUCAUUAAAGUUCGGCGGUGGCAUCAUGGCCAUGGUUUACGUUGCCAUUCCAUUGGUUUGUGCUAUCCUUUCCGCUGCUUUUUGGGUUAUAAUAAGCGAAAAGUUUUCCAAGGCAGCUGUGUACUCGGCAGCAGCUGUUUACAUGGCUGUAGUACUUAUCUUCGCAAUAUUCAUACCAGAAAAGACUCCUUGGGCAAUUAUUGUUUUGACAAUUUUCGCUGGAAUGGGAAUGAGUGGAAUUCAGAUCCUUCCUAAUGCAGCAUUGCCUGAUGUGGUCGAAAUAGAUGAAUACAGAUUCGGAACAAGACGCGAAGGAGCUUAUUACGGAUUAAUUUUAUUCCUCUACAAGGUUUGUUCAGGAGUUUUCAUGUCCAUUGUAUCAGCUGUACUCGGAGCUUUUGGCUACAAAGAGUCUACAAACGGUCAAUCUGUUGAACAACCGAAAAAGGCUUUAAUGGCCGUCAGAGUUGUCAUUGGAACAGUUCCCGGCAUCUUCUUCUUACUUGGAAUCAUCCCCGCAAUUCGUGGAAGGAUUUCUAGAGAAGAAUUCGCAAAAAUUAAGCAGCAACUUGCAGAAAAGCAUGCUGAACAGAAUCCUCUCGAAAAGAUAGAGUCAUCAAGUUCAAGUGAUCUAGUUAAUCUUGCUGAUGAUAAAGAACCUCUUAACUCAUAA